UAUUCAUUUUUCUAUCUCAGGCCUGUUUGCAGCAGCUCAUGAAAUGAAGAUGGAGUGGCUUGUCGUUAAAGGUGUUUGUGCUUUUGUACAUGGCGUUGCAUCUACAAAUGAUUCGUGGAAGACUUUUGCUUGUGUUAUGGCAGCUUCUGUUGUAUCCCACAUGUUACGUAACUCUUUAGUGUUUGAAGACUGGCCUCACUACAGAGGUGAUGAAUUGGAUAUUAAGGUUGGGGUGGAUAACAUGAAACUUGAAGAACAGAAUACGAAGACUGGCAUUCUGGCAACAGAGUCUGACAGAUACCAAGAGGUUCAGCAGCCUAGGGCAUCUGCUCCAUCAGCUGCAUCUGAAAGUGUGUCUUGUCCACAAACAGAAGAUCUCAAAGCUCGUAAAGAGGAAAUCUUUCUAUCAAUUGUGAGAAAUUAUCUUCAGACCACACCACCACAGUCCAGUGAAGAGCACAGUAAGUUUAAGGAAUACUUAAAAGCAAUGAGGCUCAUCAUUACUGGUGUCUCUUUAGGAUGUUUGUUGAUAACAGUGAAGUGUGAAUCUCUAAUGAUCUUGGAGAAGUUGUGGACAGAUUACUCAUCUGGCCAUCUUGGUGAAGUGGUUCAGAAUUGUUUUGUUACUGAAAAGAUCUUGAAGGAACUGAACCUGGCUGAGCUGAGGCUGAAGACUACAAUGGACAUAGAAGAGUACAAUGCAUGCAAAAUGCUCUUUGAGAAAGAUGCAUUUAGAGGUGCUCUAUCCUCUGAAUUUCACUCCACAAGUUCAACUAGUGAAAGUCCACAAAUAAAAGAACAAUGGGGGAAAAGUGAACAGAAGACAACAAUUAUGGAGAGAGCGAAAUUGGGAGAUUACAGAGAAGGCUAA